UUCUUUUCAUUGCCUCUUAUUCAAGAGAGGCGUAAAGCAUUCGAAUACCAUCCCCGAAAUUAGCAAUCUUCAUAUCAAAAACCCUAGCUUGGAACCCCAUAUCCCUUCGAGAACAUACUCCGAUGGGGGAAACUAGGAAACGAGGCCGGAAACCUAGAGGCCCUGCAUCAAAAACAGACACCAUGGACUUCCAAUACUCGAGCACCACCAACGCCGCCCCAAACGACGCAGUACAGGACGCCUACGCUAACGGUGAUGUGAACAACCCACCACCGGCAAGACGGGGCCGAGGGCGACCGAAGAAGUCUGAGGCGGUGCAGCAGGAGGAUACGGAGCCGCAUGCGGUAGCUUCCCCAGAGUGGAGGCCUUAUCAAAAUGGGGGAAUGACAUUGGAGCCGGCAUCGCAGCCGGUGGCGAAAUGGGAGAGUGUGGCGGCGAGGGUAGUGCCAGCUAUGGAUGCAGUGGUGAAAGUCUUCUGCGUUCACACCGAACCAAACUAUUCGCUGCCAUGGCAAAGGAAAAGGCAGUUUUCUUCAAGUAGUAGUGGAUUUAUGAUUGGAGGGAGAAGAGUGUUAACAAAUGCUCAUUCAGUGGAACAUUAUACUCAGGUGAAGUUGAAGAAAAGAGGAUCCGAUACUAAGUACCUGGCAACUGUUUUGGCUAUUGGGACUGAAUGUGAUAUUGCUAUGUUAACAGUUAGUGAUGAUGAGUUCUGGGAAGGUGUUUCACCUGUUGUGUUUGGAGAUUUGCCUGCCCUCCAAGAUGCUGUAACUGUUGUGGGCUACCCCAUUGGAGGUGACACAAUCUCUGUUACUAGUGGUGUUGUAUCACGUAUCGAGAUACUCUCUUAUGUUCAUGGGUCAACUGAACUUUUGGGAUUACAGAUUGAUGCAGCUAUUAACUCUGGAAAUUCUGGUGGACCUGCCUUCAAUGAUAAGGGUAAUUGUGUUGGUAUUGCCUUCCAGUCUUUAAAACAUGAGGAUGCUGAAAAUAUUGGGUAUGUCAUACCGACACCGGUUAUAAUGCACUUCAUUCAGGAUUAUGAAAAGAAUGGGACGUAUACAGGCUUCCCAAUCCUUGGUGUUGAGUGGCAAAAGAUGGAAAAUCCUGAUUUGCGAUCGGCAAUGGGGAUGAAACCGGAGCAGAAGGGUGUCCGUAUUAGGAGAGUUGAGCCCACAGCUCCAGAAUCUCAUCCUCUGAAGCCAUCCGAUGUUGUACUUAGUUUUGAUGGGGUAAAAGUUGCUAAUGAUGGAACUGUUCCAUUCAGGCAUGGGGAGCGCAUUGGUUUCAGUUAUCUUGUUUCUCAGAAGUAUACUGGGGAUACUGCACUAGUUGAAGUUCUCCGUGAUUCGAAGAUACUUGAAUGGGACAUAAAACUUGCGACUCACAAGAGGCUCAUCCCAGCACACAACAGUGGGAAACCUCCUUAUUACAUUAUUGCUGGAUUUGUUUUUACUGCUGUAACUGUUCCAUACUUGCGUUCUGAGUAUGGGAAGGACUAUGAAUUUGAUGCACCAGUAAAGCUAUUGGAUAAGCAUCUACAUGCAAUGGCUGAGUCUGCAGAUGAACAGCUUGUUGUUGUUUCACAGGUACUUGUGGCUGACAUAAAUAUUGGAUAUGAGGAUAUUGUCAAUACUCAGGUUCUUGCUUUCAACGGAAAACCUGUGAAGAAUCUAAAGAGCCUGGCCAAUAUGGUUGAUAACUGCAAUGAUGAAUAUUUGAGAUUUGACCUGGAAUAUCAGCAGGUCUCUCUCUCUUCUUUCUUACACAUGUGCAUGCUUGACAAUAUGAGUAUUUUUGGUUUAGCUGAUUCUCAACUUUGCCAUGCAGAUGGUAGUGCUAAAUACCAAGGCUGCAAAGGCUGCAACUUUAGAUAUUCUAACCACACAUUGUAUAUCUUCGCCGAUGUCUGAUGAUCUCAAGGCUUGAACAAAGUUUGAAGGGAAACACGAGAUGAUAGUUCAUGUGGUUCUAUUUUUGAAUGUUUCGUCAUUAAGGUACAACAUGAUUUGAGUUGCAUUUGCCAAACAUGAUUGAGUUUUGCGUGUUCUUUGUGGAUGUAGUCAUGGUUAGUUAUCUGGAAGAUAGAUUGCUGGUCUUGGUUCUACUUUUAUAUUGGAAGGAAGUAGAGAG